UAGCCACUGGCUAGGCUGCAGGAUGACAUAGAGGUCUAUGUUACCAGGUCAUAAAAUUAAAAAAAAAGUAGGCUGCUUUAUUUACAAUUAACAAGUUUUAAGUACCUACUAGUUCUAAGAAUAAAUAAAUUAGUAAAAAGAAGCAAUAUUUUAAACGAAAACAGAGCAUAACAAUAACCCUAUGUAACACAAAUGUAAAAUAAAAUAUUAAAAUGGUGUCAAAAGACGCUAGUACCUGGAUUAUUGCGAAAGACCUGUGUAGAUGUUGUCAUGCUGAAGGAGAUUUUUUCAAUUUGGCGACGCCUAAUACAUACAAUAAUCGAGAAGAAAUAUACUCCGAUAUGUUAAGAACCUGUUUUGAUAUAGAGAUUGAUCCUGUGCCAGGAGGUCUCUGUAUUCCAACAUAUUCAAUAUGUUCAAAAUGUGUUGUAAAGUUACGUGAAUCAAUUUCUUUCAAAGAGCAAGUAUUAAAAUGUGAAGAGAAAUUCUAUGAAUUAUUAACAUCUUCAUCAAUUGCUGUGUCGACACAAAUUAAAAAGGAACCUGAAAUGGAUAUUGAAGAUUACAAUGAUGAUAUGGAUGAUGAUUUAGAUGAUGAAAUGGAUAAUUAUAUAGAUGAUGAUAUAGACAAUGACAUGGACACAAUUGACACAGAUUUAAAAAUUGAACCAAGGGAACAUAAUGAGAUUGAAGAACACCCAAAAAGGCCACUUAGAUCUAGAAUUCAAAAAACAACAGACGUGACAGAGACUAAGGCAGCGCAGGAGGCCAAACCAAAACCGAAGCCCAAACCGAAAAAACCGCCGAAAGAAAAGAAAGUGACAAAAGAAGAGAAGAAAGUAAAGAAAGAGAAAAAGAAAGAAGAUGACACAGAGAGAAAAGGCACGAAGCCAAAGUUCUCCCUCCGGCCGGGCGAUUUUACAUACAAUAAUGGGACCUAUACAUGCACCCGGUGCGACACCCCAUACAGCGCAAUCCAAUCCUUGAGGUAUCACAUCCGCUCGAAACACUACAAGCUACCGAAAUAUAAAUGCCAAUAUUGUGACCAGGAGUUUAUGACGCUAGCACCAUUUGUGGUGCACAAACUAAACGCCCAUAAUGUGGACGAGCGCUACGAGUGUACCGCAUGCCAGACUAAGUUCAACGCGCCAAGUCAGUUACGGAAACAUAAAAAUGGAUUUCACAUGUUGGGGGAGAAAUAUAAGUGCGAUUCGUGUGAUUAUGAGACGUUCAGUUUCGAAACGUUGUAUAAACACAAGUUUAAGCAUAAGACGGUGAAGGACUAUCAUUGUAGGUUUUGUAAGAAGGCCUUUUUGAGGAAGGCAACGCUAGAACUGCAUGAGAGGAUACACACGGGUGACAGAAGGAAAGUCUGUAAAAUAUGUGGACAGGCGUUUGUUCAGAAGGCCAGUUUGAAUUAUCACAUGACAAAGUAUCAUCCCAAUGUGAACUUUUAGAUUAAUUAAAUGGAAAAGUGAAUUAUUUGUAUAUCGUUGGCGAUUCUCGUGAGAUUUGAAUACACGAUUUUUAUUGAACGUAUCAAAGAAAUUACAUUAAUAUGAACAAGACAUCAUUGAGUUGACAUAAUGUUUUGUCAGGAGUCACAUCACAAUAGUAUACAUCAUAUAGUUAUUUAUUGCUUUAGUUUCUUACAUCACAAUAUCCACUAGAAGUAGAAGAUUACACAGACCAAUCGCAAUAUAGAUAAGGCAAGAAUUGAUCGCAAUAUCACUUAGAAUUAAUGAAAUUUUAAAGGUUUUAUAAAAAAUGAAGUUAUUUUACUUUUAUAUAUUUUGAGGGUACUCACAAUUUUCAAUUGUUACUAUCAUUUGAACAAAACUAAUUAUGUUUAUUAUG